UUUGCGUCGCGGUACAUUUGCGUCACACUCUCUGCGACGACUCCGACCUGCAACCGCGAGCGAGGCGGCAUCAUGAAGAGGAGGAGACGAUCUAAAGCCUGGCUGCAUUUCACCAGACAGGAUGAGAUUUCUGCUGUGUGUAAUCAGUGCAGUGCUGUAAUAUCGUGCAAGGGUGCAGUUACCAGCAACAUGCUGAAACAUUUGUCUACCCAGCAUGGAAUUAAGUACCAAGAAUGUCAUGCGUUACACCGCCUGCAUACGAGUGCUUACGUUGCUGCUGGUCAAACAAGCUCCACUGGGACCCCCAUUGACAACGGCUUCCUCCCCCUUUCCUCCCUCCGUCUCAUCGUCCCUCCUCUGCAGCUUGUGUCUGCGGCUCUGUGGGAGAUAGUGAAGCAGGGAGCUGUGGUGCACUAUGGUCUGCUGGAGGAGUUCAUCAGCACAGUGCUGGAGACAGUCCCUGAACUGCUCACUGACACAGAGAGAGUCCAGCUAGUUAUGGGUCUGCGUGCAAAGGUGGUGCUCGAGUUAUGCCACAGUGAUGAUCUUACGAACCUUCAGGCCAUCCAGUCUCAUUUGAGCAGAAUAAACACCUACAUUAAAAACCAGGACAACAAGAAUACUAGCUCUGAGGUGGAAGCAUCAGUGACAAACUUCCUGGAGCUGGUUAACACUCUAAAGGAUGACCAGUGCCAGAGGGAUAUCUUUUAUCAGAAAAUCUUCCCAACAGUGUUCGGCACUGAAUACGACUCUGCCCUACAGGCUCUGAUGAGGAAAUUCCUCCUCAGUCUACACAAGCUGCUGCCUGUUCCAAACCUAGAACAAACUUCACUGUGGCUCAGUCGAUCCCCCUCUGUCUUGAAAGAGUGUGUUGACUUCUUGAAUCAACCUGAGCCCCUGCAUACACUUAUUCAGCAUCACAAACAUCAUGGGCACAACGUUCUACAAGCUUCGCCUUUGUCAGCUGAUGAUUGCAUCCUUUCCAGCCUGUCUUAUCGCCUACCAAAGGUGGAAAAUGACGAAGGAGACACACAGUUAAAAUCUGAACUGUCGUGUGUCUCACAAGACUCGCAGAUAGAUAACUUGCUUGCCAGUGAGUCAGAAAAUAUUAAAAAAGAAAACUUAAUUGAGAUUAAAUCUGAAUUGUCAUGUGUCUCUCAAGACUUGCAGAUAGAUAACUUGCUUGCCAUUGAGUCAGAAAAUAUUAAAAAAGAAAACUCAAUGGAGAUUAAAUCAGAAUUAAUGUGGAACAUAGAAAUAAAUGGACAACAACAUGCUAAUGAUGUGGCUGAAGACCAGGGGGCCUCUAUUGAAGUAAUACUUCAACCUUUUGAUGAAAGUGAGUCGUACAACCAUGUGAAAACUGGCAGUCGGAAAUCCUCCAAAACCUUCAAGUGUCUCAUCUGUGGCAAAGAUUUUGGUUCCCUUACCAAACUAAAGAGGCACAAGACUAUCCAUCAUGAUGGCUUGACAAACAAAAGGAGUCAGUCAAAUUCUGCGACCCACAAAAUACAUGCAGAAGUCAAACCAGAGACUUGUAUUGAAGCUGAGCUUCCACCACUGGCAAGUGCCACAACACGUAGCCCUCCAAAUUUGACUAGACUUCCAGACUUUGAGCAGUCUGAUGCUAACUGUGAUCUUGUUUGUCAUCUUUGUGGCAAAGUUUACACUUAUCAAAAGAACUUUGACAAACACCAGAAGAUUUGCCUGAUCAGAAGUGAACAGCAAGCAGAGACGGACCAACAGUGUUCCACAAGCUUAGCUCAUCUCUCCAAAUUGAACCCUGCUGAUACAACUACAGAGUCUCCCCCCAGUGAAACUGAAACUGGGCCUUCACAUGUUGUUCCCCAGGAAUCUUUAGAAUCACCUCAACAGCAAACAUGUAAAAGGAGCAGUCGUGUUAAACAAUGCUCCAUAUGUCGAGAAGUCUUUAGCUGUUCUGCUGACUUGAUGAGUCACAUGAGAUGCCACAUUGAACAAAAAGACUCUGACAACUUCAAAGACUACGGGACACAUCAGAAAGAUAAAUGCAGAGUUUCAUAGCAACAUUCACAGGACAAUCCCCUCAGCAACACAAAGAAAAGCAAACAGGAGAAUCCAGUUGUUUCAAGUGGUACAUGUCAGGUCCCAGCAAUCAUAGAUGGACCUGCCAACUCUCAGGCUGUGAAGCCAUGUAAAUCAACAGUGAAGUGUCAGGAAUGUGACUAGGUCUUACCUACUAUAAGAGCUUUGAGAAGCACCAGAGUAAAUGUUCCAUCAGAGCUCCUCAAAGAACAAAACAUACCAAAGCAAAUUCCUCUAUUAUCACUGGGUGUGAUUUCCAAUCAGCUUACAAUACCAGUGGGAGCCGUGAUGAGACAAGUUCUGAAACUACAAAACCUCCAAUCUCAGCAGAUGAUGCAAACACUUCCCAGGUAAAAACUCGCACCUUUAAAUGCAAAUCCAACUUUUUGAAAAUUGUCCUUUUGAACAAACAUUAGUCCAAGUCACAUAAAGUCACUGAGUCAUACCCAUGCACUUUGUGCAAGAGAACUUUUGCGAGGAUGUCUGUAUUGGUUAGAUAUCAGCAAAAUAUGAAGUUGUACCAGCGCGUCACCUGCAAGAAAUGUUUCUCGAAACAAAGACUAAAAGAUCAUGAAAAAAAAACGCAAUACAUGUAUAACACCACAUGUUUGUGAAACAUGCGGGCAAAGCUUCAGAUUUGGUGCUCAUCUGACUCUGCACCAGAGAAAGCACAGAGACGAGCGGCCUACUGUUUGUUCCCACUGUGGAAAACAGUUUAGUACAAAACAAGGCCUGAAAGCACACAUGGUGAGGCACACAGGUGGUUAUCCAUGCCCAGUGUGCGGAAAGAAAUUCUAUCAAAAAAUAUAUCUGAGAUGGCAUUUGUACAAACACACAGGGAAAGAGCCGUACCUCUGCGACACCUGUGGGAAAGGUUGGCCGACUGCAGCUCAGCUCAAGUGUCACAUGGUUCACCAUCAAGAGGAAAGGCCGUUCAAGUGUGAAGACUGUGGUCAUUGUUACAAGAGGCAAUCCAAUUUAAUUUCUCACCGUAGAGCUGUACAUAUCCGGCUGCGUCCAUUCUCGUGUGAGGUUUGCAACAAAGGCUUUAGAUUAACCAACGAUCUUAAACAACACAUGAGGGUUCAUACAGGGGAGCGGCCAUUCAUGUGUACAAGGUGUAGCAAAAAGUUCAAGAGAAAAGUUCACCUUCAGCAACACAGCAAGAAGGCAUGUCGGUAACAUGAUGCUUUUUGUGGCAUGAAGAUGAAAAAGGACCAACAGGUAUUGGAUUGAAAGUGAAUAACACUGAACCUCUCUUUAGAGUGUAGUGUUCUGCAUGGAAACCUUUGAGUCCUUACAUUAGUAUGAAUGCCACUUGAUGUGCACAAUCAGAACAGAACUGCAGACCAAGAACUAAUCCAAGACCCAAAGUUUCCAGUCAGAACAUUGCACGGUACUGAGACAAUCAUUGUUUCUCAGUUCACUUGUCAGGGGUUUAAAAAAAAUAAUUUCAUCCAAAAAACCCCAACACUUAAAGGGAGACAGGGUAAGAUGACAAGGUGACUUAUCCCGAAAUCUUUAUAUUCCAGAAAUGCACAACAGCAAUGCUUUAAAAUGCCUAAGGAUCAAUAAUCAUGACUGGCGUAUCUAAUCAUACUGUAUGAUUAUACACAGCAGAUGUAAAAUGUAAAGGGUUUAUCUUACUUGAUUUUCUUAAUAGACCAUAAUAUCAACAUUGACCAUGUUUUUAAGAGGAAGAGCUGACAUACAUGUCUUAAUGUACUGUCUGUGGUUCUUGGUAUUGUACAAGUUUUGAAUCCCAGGUUAACAGAUGGUGACGCAACAUUGAUUUUGUAUAAUGUGGAAAAAGCAGUAAAACUGAAGAAUCUGUUCAAGUCUUUUUAUUUCCUCAUAAAAAGUAAAAAAAUAAAAAAUGUUUACAGUG